CUUCCAGCUUCAACUCCCUUGGAAAAUGGAGACGUUCCAAUGCGAAACCCCACGGGAAAACGAAGGACAUCCGAAACAGUCCUCGUACUGCAUAAUUUCAAUUCGUUUGCCAUCCUAAGUUAAUAUCGCAACAUUCGUGGUAGAUAGGUCUGAUCGCAUCCCUCUGAAAACGGGCUAGCAGCUGAUAAUGGAAUGUCUGAAACAAUACCAUGAUUUGGCGCUGCUGUCGGAACGGCUACAGGUGCCUUUUCUCACCCAUUUCUACGCACGAUUCGAUCCCGCAAAGUCCAAAGCCUUGGCCUCCUCAAUAGCAAACUUUCAUCUGCGUGAUCUUGAAAGCGCCGACUAUCGUUCGGCGUAUCAUAUGCUAUGUGAUUGGUUCUAUGGAUGGAAUGUCACUGAUGGAGACGAUGCAGGCGUCGGCGCUGGCGCCGCUGAUACUUCAGCAACCCAAGGUGCGGCAGCGAAAGGGAGGGGAACUUCCCCGCCAUCAGGCGCUGCUGGUACUGGGGGAGCGGGAGGCGCCGGCCCGAAUGCGGGAGAGUUCUUUCGCAUGCGACGGGUCCCGCGAGAUAUCGAUAUUCGUGAAGAAGGGGAGAGGGUUGAAUGUGAUCGAAUAUGCAAGACGUAUGAAACCCUACUAGCUCUUAGUCGACGCAUUUUGAAACGGUACUACCUCGACAUUGAGGAACUACUGCCUAAAAUCGGGGACAAGCAUGAGAUUGGUCCGGACGGACAGAAAGCCUUCCGCGAUGAAGGAGAUGGGAACGUGGAUCUAGAUAAAGUGUGGAAUUAUACAAGAUCGAACGCCGAUGACGAUGAUCCCAAUGGCAUGGGCCGGAGUCGUGAAGGAAGCUCUGAUUCGCUCGACAAGGAGAUGGAAGACCUGUUGAACAUGUCAAGGGCGCCUGGGAUGGUUGUGCGCAAGAAAAACCUUACGGGAUCGAAACGUGAUCUUGCUGGGGGGAGCAGGAGAGCUUCCGUAAUGCGAAAACUUGGGUCGAGUGCCGAUGUGUUGGGUGGAGGCUCGCAAAAAGCCAGUACCAACGACUUGGCAUCUUCAACCCAGCAAUUGAACGAAGGGGAUUCAUCGAACCGACGGCAAGCGGUGCGGGAUGCGUCAAGCAAAUUAGAUUCAGCUGCCGAAGAACCGCCAGGAGGUUCGCGAGGAGGUACAGUCAGUACUGCCGCAUCUGCUCCAGUGACCGCUCAGGACACUGCCGGUGGUCCAAGUGUGAGGAAAGGAGUUCUGCAUGAGGCGCUGGGGGAGGAAGACGUGCGGAGAGGGAUCCAGCGGGACAUCAACCAUGUCUACGUUCAGUUAGACAAAUCUACCGACUACACACUGGUCUGCUUAUCCACCGCCUUUUGCAUACUGACGUUUUCCCAAAUGCUUGGGAAUCAGGAGGUGUUCUUGAAGUAUUCGGCGCAAGCGCAGGAGCUCUCCAUGGACUUUGUUUCGAACACUCUGAAGGUUGUCUGGGAUCUCCUCAACCGUGAACUACCGAACGAGCUCUCCUUGCAAGAUCUCCGGCAUCCGGAACUUUUGCGAAUACAGUUCGAGAAGAUCAUUGAGCUCCGUAGACAGUUCGCUGCUCGCCCAACAGCGGGAGGUCAAGCUCCGCCAGCACCGAGAUACCGUUGGAGAAAACUAUACCGCAAGUUCGCGCUUCUACAUGAGAUCUUCACCAGCGUCGAUGCGCACCUCUUCCCAAACUUUCUGGUGGCGCACAAGGAUGGAGUCAAGGCCGCCAAGUACUCCGCGUUCGAUUCUUGUCUGUGGCUCACGGCCGGAUAUGACUGCAUCAUACGCAUCCAUGACAUUCGUCCUCCAGCAGUCAUGCCGAUCGUGGCAGCUGCGCGGGCGGCGGCGGUCGCAGGAAUAGCGAUAGAAGGGUCACAAGCGGCAGUUAAUGUCGUCGCAGGGGCCGAUGGCGAUGGGUCAAAACCACCUGGAACAGCCGCGCCGACGACCGCAUCGCUAGCCGGGCCAGCAGGCGGCACGACAGGACACACAUGUCUAGCACAAUACGUAGGCCACAAGUCAAUCGUGACCGACGUCCACUUCACACGCGACGACACCCACAUCGUCUCCUCCUCCUUCGACCGAACAGUUAAAAUCUGGAACGCCCAGUCCGCAUCAUGCGAGCGCACAUUACGAGGACACCUGGACGCCGUGACAACAUGCGAUGUCUCCGCCGACGGCCGGCACGUUGCGUCCGGAUCCACCGACUGUACCAUCCGCUUGUGGGAUAUCACCACGGGCGACUGCAUCGCAGUCAUCAAGAAACACUCCCGGUGGGUUAAAGUGGUACGGUUCUCCCACGACGGCCGGUUUUUGAUCACGGCCGGGUUAGAUAAACGCAUCUAUGUCUGGGAUCUGAAAAUUCUCAUCAACUCCAAAGCGAUCUCGCAUACUCGAUGCAUCGAGGCGCAUACGGAUUACAUCCUUGACAUGGCGACCGCGCGGCCGUCACUGUUGGCCACCACAUCUCGGGAUUCUACCGUUCGGUUAUUCGACUAUGUUACGGGACAAGAGCUCGCCGUAUUUGAUCUGCAGCCGAGCUGGGCGUGCACCAUUUGCUUCUCGGACGACGGGCAAUAUCUUGCUACGGGGUCGUUUGACAAUAACGUGGUUAUCUUCCGAGUGAAAGAUGCUAGCCGCGUGCGCCAGAUAAGGGUGCUCAAUUUGGGAAUAUUCUGUGUCCGGUUUCCGAGGGAUUUGAGCUAUAUAGUGGUUGGCAGCACGGAGGGGUUUUUGCAGCAGAUUCCGCUGUAAUUGGAGAGUUGGAUGCUGGUGGGCUCUUUAGCCUUCGACUUUCUCAGAAUCUCAUUCGUAUCAUAUAUUGCAAUACUCAACAUCGACACUUCAUG